GGUAUCUGACUGGUCCAGUGUACAACACAUCUAUUUCACAUGUACUUCUACCAAUGAAACCGCGAUUCUAUCUGGCUUGAUUGGGGGUUGGGCAUGAUAUUCCCUCCCGCUCAUCGCCCAACUCCCAAUCUUGCAGAGCAGUCUUUUUUUCCCCGAGCUUCAGUUGAAUUUGUGCCAUCACCACCACACCAAGUAUCUUGUCGAAAAUACUUGGAAGAACAGCACAACCCACCAGUAUCCGCAAUGUCUUUUACCAAUUUCCACCGGAGGCGCGACAAAGGCGGCCCUCAGGCCGUACGGAAGCACCACUUCGGAUUUCGCAAAUCUCUCCAUAAGUUCAUGGGAUGGACUAAUCCUGAACCGACUGAACACGCCCCCUGCAACUCGGUUGCCCCCAGCAGCCUAUCUGAGGAGUACACGGCCGUCAGUGAAGACAUCAUCACCACAAGCACGCCCGAGACUCUAUGGGACCGCGCAUAUGACGCUCUUCGAUCAUCCAACGAUGCCGCCCAAUCCGGCUUGAUUGCCGAAUACGAGGGACGAGUUCUUAAAGCAAUAGCGCCCGAAAUGUCAGGGGAAGCGCAUUCGGAUUCACUCCUGGGCCAGGCACCCACGUUCAAGGCAGUACUCGACCGGGCCAUCGAGGACGCAUUAACGCAGGCCCAACAGAAAAGCUUGGCAAGAUCAUCAGUCGACAAGGCUGGCAAGUUGAUGCUGGCGCUUCAGAACUUCAUCAGCGAGGCUGUCAAGGCCUCCCCCGAGGCUUCCCUGGCGUGGGCUGGCGUGUGCCUUGUUCUGCCCCUCCUCACCCAACCUGCCAUUGCCGACGAAGCCCAGAGGAAUGGUUUCUCAUACGUCACAUCCCGCAUCGCCUUCUGGACUACGCUUGAGCGUCAGCUUGCCAACACCAUGAUCUGGACUGAGAGUGUUCAAGAUGAAUUCAUCACUCUUUAUCAGCACUUGCUCGAGUUCCAGGUCCGCACUGUUCUCCGAUAUCACCAGGGUGACUUUGCACGCUUCGUCCAAGAUCUUUCUUUCAACGUAUGGGACCAACUAAUAACCGCUAUCAAGGAUCAAGAGCGCCUUCUCCAUCAGGACCUACAGCAAUACCACAAUGUCCACCAGUCACUCACUUCCGAUCUUCUCAAGCAAAACAGUAAUAGAUCUUUGGAGUCCAACACCAAAGUUCUCCAAGCUCUGCAGGAUGUCCAGGAUCUUGUCCGCAAGGGCGCUCAAAACAAGCUCAAGGAACAAGAGAAGAAGUGCCUACGCCUCUUCCGUCUUACAGACAACCAGAGAGAUGUCACCUAUGAAUGGUAUAAAAGCCGUGUCGAAGAACGGGUCCAAGGAACUUGUGUCUGGGCUGUCGAGCAUAAGAAUUUCCAAGACUGGCUGGAGCUCAAAUCAGGUCCACUUUUGAUCACAGCAGACCCGGGUUGCGGGAAGUCCGUCUUGUCCAAGUACUUGAUUGACCAGUAUCUGCCACAACGGUGCCCAACUGCAACUGUUUGCUACUUCUUUUUUAAGGAUGGGGACCAAAGCACAGUCAAGCAGGCCCUUUGUGCUCUUCUGCAUCAGCUUUUUGGCCAAAAGCCAGAAUUGAUUAAGCAUGCUCUCGAAGAACAUGAUCGCAAUGGAGACGGCCUGAUCGGAACGACAUCCUCAUUAUGGCGGGUCUUCAAGGACGCAACGCAAGAUGAAAGAGCGGGCACCAUAAUCAUAGUGCUUGAUGCUCUUGAUGAAUGCGAGCCCGGCGAGUUCAAACUGUUGGUACACAACCUCAUUCAAGCGGGAGAAAGCCAUGUCAAGUUUCUUCUUACAUCUCGCCCGUAUGGGGAUGUGAUUUCCCCUUUCAAGUAUGGCGACAUGCUGCAACGAUUUCCGCGCGUUCUAAUCCCAGGGGAAAAGGAAGACCAAUCAGACCAGAUUAGCACAGAGAUCAACCAUGUUAUUCAAGUUCGCGUCGAGCAAUUCGUACACAAAUAUGGACUCAAAAAUCAACUCAGGGAUGCCCUUUGGGCGGAACUCAACAAGACAAAGCAUCGAACCUAUCUCUGGGUUUAUCUUGUCUUUGACCAUUUGAACACCCUGGUCACAAGCGAUUCUCUGAAGCGGACAGCUCAAGGGUUUAAGGCUGCCAUCGCGAAACUUCCUCGGACAGUCGAAGAUGCAUAUGAGCGGAUUCUCAAUCGGCCCCACGGUGUCCUACGUACAACAUUGCGACGAGUGUUGCGUGUCAUGCUUGCUGCCCAGCGCCCUCUGACUCUCUCCGAGAUGCAGAUUGUGGUCAACAUGGAGCCUGACAUCAAAUCUGUCAAAGAACUAGACCUGGAAGAUGAGGAAGAUUUUUCAAAACGUCUGAGAACAAUAUGUGGAUUAUUUGUCUCGAUUCACCAGCGCAAAGUACACUUUCUGCAUCAAACCGCGAGAGAGUUCUUGCAGGCCGAAUCGGAACUGUCCACAGCGCCAGCGUCAUGGCGCUCCUCGAUCAGGAAAACCCAGGCCCAUGGUGAACUUGCUUGGAUUUGCGUGCAGUAUAUUUCCAUCUUGGAUCCUGACGUUGCUCAUCGCGCUUACGACUAUUCCCUCCUCGAACGCGAGUAUCCUUUUCUGCUUUAUUCGAGAGCUUAUUGGAGCCACCACCUGCGCAAUGGCGACUUGGAGGAUGAUUCCGGGAUUAUGAGAACAGCGUUGGGCCUUUGUAAGCCUGGCUCCAAAAACUUUCGCAUCUGGGCGCCUACCUUUUAUUUUGAGACGACAGGAUAUUCUGCAGAUUGUUUCUGCAGAACUUUCCAUGUUGCUGUGGUUUUGGGGUGCACUGGCCUCGUCCGACACCUUCUGCGUGAAAUUAGAGCUGAAGAAAUCAAUACGGGCCACAACGAAAGGGAGACAACACCUUUAGCUCUGGCCGCCAGACACGGACACCGCGAUGUUAUGCAGCUUUUGAUAGCAGCGGGGGCGAGAGUGGAUGUUGGUUGGGAUGGACGAACUCCACUGUAUGAAGCAGUGAAUGCUAAGCAUUCCGAGUGUGUUGCCAUAUUACUCAACUACGGGGCCUCUGUUGAUUUUUUGGAUGCACACUACGGGCGAACCUUGCUACACGUUGCGGCCAGACGCAAUAACGCCGAGAUUGGGAAGAUGUUAGCUGACAGGGGUAUUGAUGUCAAUGCCAUCGACUUUGGCGGUAAUACCGCCCUGAUGGAGUGCUCGCAUGUCUCGAAGAACGAUGGCACCGAAAUCGCCACAGUGCUGAUUGAAAAAGGAGCCCGUCUCGACAUGGCUAAUAUAUGCGGAGCAACCGCUCUCAUGCGAGCGGUCAUUACGAGGAGGUGGGCUUUGGCUAUGCUCCUCAUCGAGAAAGGUGCGGAUCCUAACCUACGAGAUAGUCAGGGCGAGCUGGCCCUUCACAGUAUCUGAUGCACAAAAUCACGACGGAAAAACGCCCCUACAUAAUGCCGCUGAGAAGGGGCUUGAUAAGCUAGUAAGGCUGCUACUUGAAAGCGGCGCCAAUACUGAGGUUACAGACAAUAAGGGCAAAGAUCCUCUCAUCCUUGCGAUCACGGAAUGCAGGUUCCAAACUGUU